AUGGCGGUCGCAACGAGGGAGCAGCGGAACUUAGCCACACUCAUGAACUACAUCAAGCGCGAUGAAGAAAAGGAGAAGCAAGCCAGCUCAACGGAAACAGACGCGGCGAGAGAGAAGUCGCAAUGGAGGACUGUGGGUGGAAAGAAGCUUCGAGUCAAAUUGUCGAGGAAGUUCCGGACCACCAUAAAGGACGAGGACAGAGCAUACGGAAUCAUCAUUCGUACGAAAGGACUCGACCUGAAGACUAUCGUCAUCGGUGAAAUCACGGCCGCGAUCGCCACCGCGACCGGAGUAUCGCCUCGAGACAUGAUCGGUACGGACCUCGUGACGAAGAACACCAUGAACAACACGAUCACCAUCAGGACAAACGACAAGCAAAGGGCGCAGAAGUACCUGGGUAUCACCACACUCAAGUACCAGGGAGCAGAAGUAGAAACCCAAGCGUACACGGCCAACCGAAAGGAGUCUGUAAGAAUAGUGGUCUCCAAAUGCCUCCCAAUUUCUAUCCCGUUCACGGACCAGGAGAUCUACGAGCAACUCAAACUGGAGAACCCCAAGAUACCUAUAUCCGACGCGAAGAGGAUGGGCAGGACCACCUCGAUUCUCGUCACCCUCGACACCACGGAACUUCCUGGAUUUAUAGUAUUCUACUGCUGUGCCAAUAGGUACCACCUAUACCAAGAGAAAAAGCAAGCGUGCACAUCGUGCCGAGAGAUGGGACACCGAGCAGACUCCUGCCCGUACGGACUCAGCCAAAUUUGUCCCAACUGCGGCGAGGAGCACGACUUCCCCAGGAAAAUUCCAGGCAUGCGCACGGAGUAUACGUGCAAACCCAGAUGCGUCAUCUGCGGCGGCAGCCACUACACCGGAGGAAAGGAAUGUAAGGACAGAUACAAGCCUUUGCCCGAGCCGAGGUCUCCGAAAAAGAGCACUCCAGAACAAGAUCGGGAGACGGUGAAAAUAGACAUGGGAAAGAAGAAUUUUCCGGAACUGAGUAACGUCACUACAGCGGGAGAAGACUCGGAAGAGGAGCUGAGCUACGCUCAAACCCUCCGCAAGAAGAAAGGCGCAAGCAAGAAGAAGCAAGACUCCAAUCCUAGAAUUAAGGAGCUCGAAAAGAAAUACGAAGACCUCGUACGCAAGCACGAGGAGAGCCUGCGAAAACAGGAAGAGCUCAGAAGACUCAACCAGCAACUCCUACGGGAGCUACAGAAGGAGAGGCACGGCUCAAACCCACUGGUUACGGAACCGCCUAAUGAACAGACGACAGUCCAAGAAGUGGAAAUGGCACCGCCUCCGUCUCUGCCCAGUGUACGUCCGCGUAAGCGCACAGACUCGGAGAGCACCGUCAAUUCUGUACAGACAAGUGACGAAACCAAGACCAGCAGGCCCGGGAAGGUUAGAAGAAAAGAAGAGCCCAACCAGAACGCCAUCCUGGCGGGACUAGCUAGGCUUGAGGCUAUGCUCAACGAAAUGAAACAGAGAAUGGACAACCACGACAAGGCAUUCCAGAACGUAUUCGAACGGCUCGAGCGGCUCGAACAGCGCGCCAAUGGACAACAGUAAUAACAUCG